GUGCUGACCGGCCACUGCAGUUUGAUUUCGACGUUCGCCAACACACAGAGUGCGUGUAAUAUAGUGUAUGGAUGUUGUUGUGCAUUUUCGGCAUUUUCUGUUUAUUGUGGCGGUUCGAAGGGUUUUCAUUUAGUGAUGAUGUAUGAAUGAUGGUUGACCUAAUUAGGCUAACGCUGUGGUACUUCCGGUAUUCCUGUUGUGAUCGUUUUCGAGGAUUGUUUAUCAUGUCCUGCUGAACGUUAUUGGAUUAUUUUGAGCUUUGACUGUCUUCUUUCGAGGCAUCGUAUUUCCGCUGUUUUGAUUUUAAUUUGCUGUUAUUUUCCAUCGUUUAUUGGUGUGAACAACGUGAUUUGGUAAUUGUUACAAGUACUUUCGAACCGAAAUGCGAAGGCGGAUAUCCGUGUCCAAUGAGGAAAUUACGGAAAUAUAACUGAUCACAUUGCUGAUGGGAUAACACCAAAAUAAUCAGCAAAUUCCUUCGGCAAUUUUUACGUUGUGUGAUAAGGAUGCGGAAUGUGCUUCCGGUAGCGGUUAGGUUCUCAUGGAUUACAGGUGCUAUCUGUAUAUCGUGCGCUUGCUGACGGUCAGCAACCUGUUUCAUUGGAUUAGUGCCCAUAUUGUCCUAACAUACCCACCGGCACGCAAAUACGCGCUGGACUACCUGAAUAACGUGGACACGCCGGAACCAUGCGGCAUGCCACGAGGUCUGAGCGCGCCGACGUAUCUGGAAUCCGGAACCGACAUCAACGUCACGUGGUCUUCGGCCUAUCCGCACCUGGGCGGAUACAGUAUUGAUCUGCUAGACGCGAAUUAUGAUCGCGUCAGCACCCUAGUUCCUGCGUCUCUCGCCGGUCGGGAGCCGCGCGCAAACUCCGAUGUGCUCAAGUGGCAAGUGGCGCCACUCAACGAGAUCUCGCGGACGGUCAGUCUGCCAAAGAGUCUCCGCUGCGACAACUGCACCUUGCGCAUUGUGCGCCAGGCCCUGCAGUGGAACAACUGGACCAGCGAUUCCGACGGCUUCCUCUUCCGCAGCUGUGCCGAUGUCACGAUUCUUCCGCAAAUUGAUGGCACUCUCAAAUGCUCUAGUCACGGCAGCUGGACCGGAACUGAAUGUCUUUGUGAUGACCUUUACACCGGAAAUGCCUGCCAGUUUAAAGAAAUUUGCAGCCGUGAUAGUGACUGCAAUUUUCAUGGACGCUGCAUAAACAUCGGCAGCAAUACAGCGCCCCAACGGCGCUGCUUCUGCAAUUCUGGAUGGCAGGGAAUACGAUGCGCACAAGGUUCAUCGGUGAGAAUACGCGUAUUCAAUAAGGCCUAUUAUACGCACUAUCCCCUGGCCGAUGAACUCCAUCUCUACUGGAAGAUCGACAAAAGCGCAGCGGAAAUGGAAAUGGUCGUCCAAUCCAAAUCGACCUCGUGGGUCGGCAUUGGCUGGCGACCAGCAGAUAUAUCAGCCGACUGCAAAGACUUUCCUCGCUUGCCCAACGAGACCUACUGGCCACAUGGAGCCGCCGUCCUGAAUCACAGCCUGGAUUUGGCAGCCCGUUCCCUGGAUAUCCUGACCUACUCCGACAACAGCGACGCUCUCAUCCGCCCCCGACGGCAGGCGGAAGGUACGCUUACAGCAGAGCGUUGCUCACUUCCGGUGGAAAGUGUUGAUGAAAGGGUUUGCAUAGAGCUGCAUCCGAUGGACUGCACGGACAUGGUGGUGGGGAUUGCGCGCAGCAGCUACGGUCAAGUGGGCGACUACUACACACGUGACCGCUCCACCCCGCGACCGGAUGGAUUCUACGGGGGUAUGGAGAGUUUGUCGGCCGGGAUUGUCUACGAAGAGGACGGAUGGACGACGCUGCGUUUUAUACGCACACUGGCCGCUCUGGAACCCACCGAUCAUGCCUUUAUCCCCGGUCCCAUGCACGUAGUCUUCGCCCGUGGUCCGGACGCCAGCAGCCUUAAGAAGAAUCCUGCCGCAUACGCGCCCACGGGCAGUCCGGCGGAUGUGGGCGAAUUUUAUGCGGCGGAUCAGCUGAAGUAUCACGGCAGCGGCGGGAAUGACCGUGGGUCGACAGUGAUUAACUUCUUCGAUGAGCACGAUAGCAGUAAGGAGCUGGGGACUCCGUGUGUGGGGGAGUGGCGGACGCCGGCCAACUGCCGCGGCAGCGGAUGUCGUUAUGUGGCACACUGGGAAUACUUGGAGGAAAUUGAUUCCAUCUAUUUUAAAAUCCAGUCCCGCUCCAGGGAAAAAUGGACCGGCAUCGGCUUCUCCAGUGUUCUCGAGCACAUGCCCAACUCGGAUGUAAUCGUGGGAUGGGUGGAUGACGAGGGAAAGGUGCAGAUCACCGACCGGUACGCUGACGGCUACCGCGCCCCGAAGGUGGACAAGAAACAGUACCUGCAAAACAUUGCCGGCAGUGCCAACGACGCUUUCGUUACGCUGGAGUUCACCAGGCCACGAAAGACCAAUGACAGCGACAAUUUUGAUUUUUGGGAGGAUAACUGCGCGUAUUUUGAAUUUCCCGUCGAUGGUGGGCGAUUCGAUAAGAUAUCUGGUGUGAUCAGCAAACACCAAUAUAUUCCUUCGGUGUCCAAGACGAAGAUCUGCAUCCAGUCCUGCAAGACCGUAACAACAACCGCUGCGUCCACAACGACAACGCCCACUUCCGAUGCCGAUCAAACCGAGGAAAGCGAUGCCUCGGGUGACCUUAUGUCGCAAAUCCAAAUGGGCUCGGUCGAGCCACAACUGCGGACCGGUGAGAUCUUCAUCCCCGAGGAAGAGGUCACUACCGAGCUUCCUACAACGACGAGUACGAAAAAGACGACCACUACCACCACGAAACGACAAACAACACAGAAGCCCAAACCCAAACCGAAGGUUCCAGUAAAAGCGGCGGGCCGAGCACUACUGCAGCCGGUGCGCCGAGCCACGAAUCCAGCGACAAAGGUCACUUCGACGACCUCCACGACGACCACAGCCACGACGCCAACGACAACGACCAGCAUGGCCACAGAAGAGAAAGUGGAUGAUUUGGUGGUGUCGCCGCAGCAGGAUUCCAUGGAUUACAUUGAUCCAGGGCAGGAGGAACAGAAUGCCACCAGUACAACUUUGUCACCAACUGCGGUGCCUACGACAGUGUCAACUACGAAUACCGUGAUGCCUACAACUGUCAGCUCAACAACAACUGCUCCGACAACAACGACAACUGUGACUUCUACAACGAGCACGACGACAACAGCAACGACACACACAACGACGACGCCCACAACGACGACACCAACAACAACAAUAUCAACGACCACAACAACGACAAUGCUGCCAACAACAACCGCUAAGACGAUUCCAGUAACGACGUCGACCGUUGCCACUCCGACAACUACAACGACGGCGUCCACGGCUAAGCCAAUAACUACACCAGUGCCAUCGACACCCACGACGCUAGUUGUCACUACUACGGAAAGUCUGAUGAUGGCUGAAGAAAGCGUUGUGCGCCCAGUUAUACUGCAGCAGGUGUUCCACGACGACCAUAAAGCGGCGCUUUAUCCAAAUAUAAGCGUUGCCGUUUCGGUCAACAAUGCGACUACAGUCGCGACAGCGCCCGUAACGAAGAAGCCGGAGGUUGUGACCAGUACCACGACACCGACGAUGACAACGAUGCCGACUACGACAAAAAUAUUAACGACGACACCAACGGCAGCAUUAAAUGUUACCGACAAGCGAACAGUUGCGAUCGUUGUCGUCAACACUUCUACGACGCCACUGACUUCCAUCAUUACGACCGCCCAAUCAGCUGCGCCGUUGAUGACGACUCCCUUACUAACAACGACAUCGCCCAGCUCCGGGUUAACUGCUUUAUCGACGUGGAGCAAGACCAUCGCGGCGUUAUUAAGCGCCUCUACCAAACCCAUUGUCAAUGCUACAUUGACAACAACAAAGCUGUCCACAGUGACCGCUUCGCCCGGUGUGACGAAAGGGUCGGAUGUGAAGACGGGGCCGACGGGGUUGGGUAUGGCGUUUCUAAUAAAAAACGACAGCAUUAGAACGCCGGCACCGGUGGCGGUGCUGUCCUCUACGACGACAACAACGGUGGCGACAACGACAGAAAAGCGACCGCCCGUGGGGGAGGGAUUUCAUUCGGAGUGUCGUGGAGAAUGGCGAUCGCCGCCCGAUUGUCCCACAGAAAAAUGUGAGUAUCUGGCCAUGUGGGAAUUCAACGUGUCAUCGGGGGAGAUCCAAUUUUUUGUCCAGUCAGCGCACCCUGAUCGCUGGACGGGGAUCGGCUUCUCGUCGAAUGGAAAGAUGCCGCAGUCACAAAUCAUUUAUGGCUACCGAACUGGCGAUGCGAGCGUUGCUCUGCUGCAAGGCACCGCGGAGGGAUACUAUCCACCAGUCAAUGACACCGACCAGGAGAUUCUGCAUCCGGUUGGCUGGGUGAAAGAUGGUUUAUUGGGAUUAUCUUUCCGCCGAAAUAAGACGCUGGAUGGUGCAUUCUGGGAUGACGAAAAACUCUGUCCCUACUUCCUGUUUCCUUAUACUGGUGGAUCGGUGGAUUCGGCGUCCGGCCGCAUCGGGAAGCAUAUCCAGACGCCGGUGGUGAGCGCCAAUCGCAUCUGCAUGCAGCCCUGCACGUUUUUACCCACGGUUCCAGUAACGCUGGCGCCGUCUACCACCCUGCCCACCACCCAACCGACCACUGUGCAGCCCACCACUACCACCUUGCUGCCGGUCAUCGAGGGCACGCCCUGCCGCGCCAUAUUCUCCUACCCACGUAACUGCAACGGUUCCGAUUGCAUCUACGUCGCACAAUGGGACUAUAUUCCGGAUCGAGAUGAGAUUAACUUCCUCAUACUGUCGAAUCGCCUUAAUACGUGGACGGGAAUUGGUUUCUCCGACACCGGCGAAAUGCCGUACUCGGAUAUGAUCGUCGGAUGGGUCGGCGGAGAGGGCCGCGCCACUAUCACCGAUAGAUGGUCAACCGGCCACACCGAGCCCCAGCGCGAUUUGCAACAAGACAUUAGCCGGCUGGGCGGGACCGUGCGCUACGGCACGCAGAUGAUCACUUUCACCCGCAAACGCCUUACCUUGGACGAACGCGACUACCAGUUCAACGACACUAACUGCCCGUACCUCAUUUUCCCGGUCUUCGGCGGCACCUACGAUGAACUAAGCGAGGUCAUUGAUAAACACCAAGAUACACCCGUGGUCUCCGAUCAGCGCAUCUGCAUUCGCGCCUGCCGCAAACCCUCCAACGCCACCCGCAACAGCCCCUUCAACUUUCUGGACCAGAAAGCCAUCUUCCUUGACCCCGGCUUUGUCUCUUCCAUCACCAUGACAUCGAGGGGAAUAACCACCUACUCCACGCAGUCGUUUUCUACCGACAGGACUCUGAACUUUCGCCCCAUCAAUUGGCAUACGACCAACUACACGUUGAGGCCUACGGCGCCUCGACGCUCUACCAAACCCAGCCCAGUAUCCAAUCUGACCUACCGCACGAAAACCGCGGGGAUGCUGGACAACGCAACCUUUUCCGGGGGUCCUACGACCACUCCCUCGCCGGAGGAAAUGCUCCAGAAGAUCCUGGCUGAAGCUGGCCUCUCGGGAGUUUCUGUGGAGGUCGUCAAUCCGCCGGUGGCGGUGCCGCCGCCGCCACCGCGAACAACGGUCAGCAGUCCGCCGCUGUUGUUCACCAGCACCGUCCGCAGUCCCAACGGGACCGUCGGGGCAAACCUCGCCGCUCUGGCAACGCUCGUCCUAGACAGCAAACCGGAGAAUGUGACCCUGUCCCCGCUAGCCAGCGUCUCUCCGUCAUUCACCCCACCCCCCGGAGCGGUCUUAUUGUCGGUUACCAGUCAGAAUACUCCGGCCUUUUCUUCCCCGUCUAGUCCGCUCGGUACCAUCAGCCAACCGACUGUCCCUUCGAUCCUGGUGCUCCCGCCCAAGGGCAGUGGCGUGAUGCAUUCGGAGCCGCGCCAAGAUGGACCGGAGAUUAAAAGCUCGGACAACACUGUUACCGGCGUGAAUUUACAGGGCCGUGCCCCCUCCGAACCUCUGGCCGCGCAGAUCGGACCCCUCCCGACCACGCCUGGUUGCGUCAGCGCCGACGAUAUGUUCAAACAGAUUUUACUGAGCAUGUCAUCCUCCACCCGUCCUGACACGGCUACUAAGCCUAGCCAGCCGCCCACGGGCACCAUCUCCGUGACGCGUCCAAGCAAUCUUCCACCGGAGUUUGAUACUUCUUCAUCGGUGGCUAUCCCAUUCAUCCUCCCAGAUCCCAGUGCGCCGCCCAAGUACACUCCCUGGACCACCCGGGGCGAUGUGUUUAUGGGGUCGGCCUCGGAGACUAUUGGUGUGCGGGUGACGGCGCCGCCUACCCCGAGGAGCACUACUCGUAGUGCACUGGACAACACCACUCGGAUUGCGCAGGCGUUGACUUUUAGUGAGAAUGACCAGGGACAGCUGGGAAAAGAUCCGCUGUGCGGGGAUAACUUUCGCUUCCCGUCCGGCUGCGAGAAAGAGCAGUGUCUGUAUAUGGCCACAUGGCGGCCGGGCAGUAAUGUGGACGAAGUGGAGUUCAUCAUUGAGACCGGGACACCGGAUCUGUGGACUGGGAUUGGCUUCGGUGAUGAUCGGCAUAUGGUCGAUUCGGACAUUAUUUAUGGGUUCAUCCGGUCCACUGGGAUACCAAAAAUGGUGGAUGCCUACGCCAAGGACUAUACGGCGCCGGUCAAGGACUUUAGCGACAACAUCCGCGUUAUCGAAGGCGGUCGACGCGGCAACCGCGCUUUCUUUCACUUUGCCCGCAAACUGGCCACCGGCGACAAGUACGAUUACGAGUUCGGCCGCGGUCGCUGUCCCUACUUUAAGUUCCCCAUCAUGGGUUCCACCUUCUCCGAGAGCAUGAGUACCGGGAGUAUCGCCAAGCACCGACGAACGCCCAUCGUCAGUCCCAUGAAGAUCUGCAUCGCCAGCUGCAAUGCCGAGCAACUAGCAGCCUUACGGGAGACGACGACCGUAGCUACCACGACGACCACCGUUCCCACCACGGCUGCCGCCAAUCGCAGCCCCUCCGUAGCAAAAACGGCGGUUUUGGCCGGCACCAAAGCUGCCGGCGCAGACGGCAACUCCAGCUCAGAGAAGGCGCUGGUCUGUGCAGGGGAGUUCCGAUAUCCCGACGGUUGCUUGGAGGACAAAUGCCAGUACGUGGCACAGUGGGAGUAUUUGCCGGCCACCGACGAAAUUAAGUUCGACAUUGUCAGCGCCGAUGUUGACAAAUGGACUGGCAUCGGCUUCAACGAUAAGUCACUCAUGUCUUUGGCCGACAUGUUCUACGGGUGGGUGGGCGAGGACGGCAAAGGGAUGCUGAUCGAUGCGAAAGCGCCGGAAGGCCGCCAGCAGCCGGUGCGUGAUAUGAUACAGGAUGGGAAGAACCUCACUGCUCGGCGAAACGAGCGCUUCACGCAGCUGACCUUCACCCGCCGGCGACUGACGAAGGACAAGAAUGACUUCCAGUUCACCGACGACGCCUGUGCCUACCUGCUGUUCCCGGUGAAGGGCGGCGACUUCAAUGCCGACGCCCUCAUGAUCAGCAAACACGAGGCAGUCGCGCAGAUCAGUCAGAAGCGGGUCUGCAUCACGUCGCAGUGCGCGGCGCAGAUGAGUACACCAGAUGUUGGUAAACCGUCCGAGAAACGAAUGCAAAGUGACUUGCCAGCGGGACAAAAUUCCAAUGCCACGCUUCAACCGACCACCACAACAGAAAGCACUACCAUCAGCAUACCGAGUUAUCUGCCGUGUGAGGGCACGUGGAAGUAUCCGGACAACUGCGCCGAGCCCAACUGCAUCUACGUCGCUUCGUGGAAUUUCCUGGACGAUGCAGACGCCAUCCGCUUCGUGGUCAAGGCUAAAGCAGCCGGCUGGACCGGCAUCGGCUUCAACGACGACAUGGCCAUGAAAAACGCGGACGCCGUGAUCGGAUGGGUAACGUCAAAGAACUCGGUGGUCGUCACUGACCGGCACUGCGUGGACAAUCUGGGCGCGCCCAUGGAUGACGAGCAGGACGUCUUCGAUGUUGCCGGUCGUAAAGAGGAUGGCUACCAAGUAAUUGAAUUCACCCGCAAACGCGAUACUGCCGACGUCAACGCACAGGACUACAUUUUUGGCGAUCAGAAGUGCCCGUUCUUUAUUUUCCCCGUGGUGGGCGGUGCCUACGACAGCUACGGUGGGAUCCAAGCGCACAGUCAGAAAGCCUUGCCCAAGAUCAGCUCCGGGCGCAUCUGCGUGCGCAGCUGCAGUGUGGACGUGGCGCGCCGCAUGGUGGUCACCUUUCGCAUCGUCGACCGCAGCUGGACGCCGGAGAUGGAUUCACGCAGUAGUGCCGGCUUCAAGAAGCUGGAAGCGGAGGUCAGCGCGUCUAUGAGGAAACUGCUGGGCAGUACGCCGGGCUUCCGGGGGACGCGGGUAUUGAGUAUGCGGCCAGGGAGUGUCGUCGUCGACGUGGAGAUCGUCAUUGAUCCCACGGCCAAUCAGACUUCAACAGCCGCCGCCAAAACCAUGCGGGAGAUCCUGGUGAGCACCGUCAAAACACGUCAUCAGCUGGGAACAUCGUCCUUCACUGUGGAUCCCGACAGUCUCACCAUUUCUAACGCAGAACAGCUGUUUAUGAACGGUGUUCCGACUGCGUCCUCAGACACCACCACCGUGGCGAUGGGCAACAAGGCUCCCGAGUCGGAAGUGCGCACCUAUGCCAUCAUUGGCGGUGUUUGCGGAAUCAUUGUUAUCUUGUUGUUACUGGCUUUCGGCAAAGUGUGGUACGACCGGAAAUCUCGCAUUCAACGUCACCGAGAACGAACGCGCAAACAGAGUCUGGACGCUGCCGCUGCCAUGGAAGUCUCCUCCCGCGCCCACUCGCAUCCUCAUUCUCAUAGUCGCCCGGGCUCCCUCCAACCGCGACAGCACUACGGUCUCCCGCAGCCGCCCUACGACCUCGUUCACUCGGAGCCGAAACGGCCGCUGCGGCAAUCCAGCGGGAUGAUCUCGCAGAUGAGCGGAAGUCUGCCGCCUCCCGACUACUUCGACCACCAGCCGCGGAAGCCCAGCAAGGGCUCGGUGGGGGUGGUGGGACAGCGGCUCAGCGCCGAGGAGAGCGAACGUACGCUGACCACCUACAGCAGUACGGAUUCGCGCAAGGUGAAGAAGGUGCGAGAGGCGGAGGAAGAGGAGGACGAAGACUGGGGCGAGGUGGAGGAUCUGCGCGACCAGCGCCCGGCUGAUUUCUAUUUUAUGCCUAGUCAGCGCCGCUGGACGCAGGUUCCCGACAAGUUCAGCACGUGAUCGUGCGCAUAUGAUUGUCUUUGAUGUACUCGAUGACCUUAAUGCGCAAAUGUUUUGUAUAUUAAGCGAAAUGGCGACGGUCAACAAGGAAAUGUUUAUGAACAUGAGCAGUAACUGCCACACGUUUCCCAAAAGACAUACUGAUUAACAAAUAAAGGAUACAAGAUUUUUCG